AUGCUGUCCACUUACAAUGGCAGCUUCGAUGAUAAUUCAAUGAUCAAAUAUGCGUCUGCUGCUAUGAAUCUGAACGGUACAUCUUUCGUCGGGGGAGUCCUGAUCUUGACAAAAACGCUAACAGGAGAAUCAGUUGAAGUGAUUGACGAACCUAAAUCGAACCUAACAACCGAUAUCAUCGAUGUGAAAAUUGUCCAAGUAGCUUUCUGCAUUCUCUAUUCCAUAAUAUUCGUUCUUGGUGUGUUUGGAAACGUUCUGGUCUGCUAUGUCGUCUUCCGAAAUCGAGCGAUGCAAACUGUUACGAAUCUCUUCAUUACGAACUUGGCUUUAUCGGAUAUACUUCUCUGUGUUUUUGCUGUACCGUUGACUCCUAUGUACACCUUUAUUGGAAGAUGGGUUUUUGGAAGACUACUAUGCCAUCUAAUGCCAUAUGCUCAAGGAACUAGUGUCUAUAUUUCCACUCUAACUCUGACAUCAAUAGCUAUAGACAGAUUUUUUGUCAUAAUUUAUCCCUUUCAUCCAAGAAUGAAGCUUAACACUUGCAUAUUCAUCAUAAUAUUUAUUUGGGUAUUCUCUUUAGUGGUCACAUGUCCUUAUGGGCUUUUUAUGGGGAUUCAGAUAACAAAAAACAAAACAUAUUGUGAAGAGAGUUGGCCAUCUGAUAAGUCAAGAAAAAUCUUUGGAGUCUUCACAACUGUGUUACAAUUCCUUAUACCAUUUUUAGUUAUAGCGAUAUGUUAUACGUGCGUUAGUUUAAGAUUGAACGACCGCGCUCGGUCGAAGCCAGGUGCUAAAAACACAAGAAGGGAAGAAGCAGACAGAGAUAGGAAAAGAAGAACGAACAGGAUGCUCAUAUCCAUGGUCGCUAUAUUUGGCAUAUCUUGGUUGCCAUUGAAUUUAAUAAAUAUAUUUAAUGACUUCUACGCUCAGAUGACUGAGUGGAAUUAUUAUUAUGUCUCCUUUUUUCUCGCACAUUCUAUGGCAAUGGCAUCGACAUGUUAUAAUCCGUUCCUGUACGCAUGGUUAAACGAGAAUUUUAGAAAGGAGUUUAAGCAAGUACUACCUUUUUUUGAAUCGACAGGAGGUGUACGGAACAGCUAUCACUCAGGAAGAAUGCCUACUCAUAAAGCUGAUAAAAUAUGCAAUGGUAAUGAAACAAUACAAGAAACUUUAUUAGCAUCUUCUUUCAAUAGAGGACCAUCAAUAAAACAACGAAUAUUAGACGGUGGAAAAAAAGAUAAUGGUGUUGAAAUUGAAAACAUCUUAUUAGAAGAGAAAAAUAUUUCGGCAACGUUUCAACCUAAGAAUGAGAAUAUUAAUUUGCAGUUAAUAGACGAAGAAUCGCAAAUUAGUGAACCGAAGUAA